AUGUUAAGCUACCUAGAGGACAAUGACAAUUGGGAAUCAUCGUCGAACUUAUACGCGGGCAAUGUUGUACGGGCAGCACAAAUAACUGCUCAAGGCGAUCAUGUCCCAAAAGUUAAGCGUCACAAGGUACGUAAAGCAACACGGAGGAGUCAACCAACAAUAAGAGCUAAGAACAUCCGAGCUACACGUUUGUCGUCAUAUUCGUUCUAUGUCUGCUACGAAUUCACGGUCGAAGAUAUUGCUUAUUACCAACAUCGCAACUAUCGUGUCCACAACUACUGCUUUUCACAACUCACAACUGCCGCUUUCCGCAUGAUACGGGAGGAACGGUGGGUAUUGGGUAUUUUGUGA